AUGGAGAAGAAGAUCCUCGCCUUCUUUCUGCUUUCUGAUGUGGCCUCUGAAGAGUUGACCAAAUUCGCAAUGGUCUCCACUGCGGUCUCUGAAGGUUUUAAACUUAAUAUAGAAUUUCCAGGUGACGAAGAAGAAGAGGAUGAAAUUCAAGAAGAUUUCACAAUGAACAUGAUUCAUCUUCUAACGCAUCGUAGAAGCGUCCAUUUAGGAUUACCUAAAUCGUCAGACUGGAGGCAUAACGUUUUAAAUAAAUUCGAUGACAAUAGGUUUAAUCAAAUGGUACGAUUAAAUCCAGAAGAAUUUGCCCACGUCCUUGACCUUAUCCAAAAUGAUGAAGUUUUUCAAACAAUUUGCCACAAAUCCCAACUUCCAGUUGAGCUACAAUUAAAAAUUGUUCUGUAUCGACUAGGCUCCUCUGGCGAUGGAGCUUCCGUACGCAAGGUAGCUUCACUUUUUGGAAUUGGUGAUGGCGGAACAAUUCAAAAUGUUACAAGACGCGUAUUCAAAGCCAUUUUAAAACUCAAAAACAAUGUUUUAUAUUGGCCAGGUGAAUUAGAAAGAUCUCAAUUGGUUUCAGCAACGAAAAGCGAAUUGCCAGGAUGUGUUGGCUAUAUCGAUGGCUGUGAAAUUAAAUUGGCUGAAGCACCUACAAACAAUCAUGAGCUGUAUUUUUCUCGUAAACGCCAAUAUUGCCUUAAAAUUCAAGCUGUUUGCGAUCACAAAUUGAGCAUAAGACAAGUAACUAUUGGUUACCCUGGAAGUGUCCACGAUGCCAAAAUAUUUUCAAAUUGUCCUAUAGCAAAACAUCCUGAACGAUACUUAUCUCACGGUCAAUGGCUAGCAGGUGAUAGCGCGUAUCCUAUUAAGCAAUAUUUACUUACCCCGUUUAGACGAAAUAGUACUGCUCAUACUAGAGAAGCAAGAGAAAAUUUUAAUAAAUAUUUCUCUAAAUAUCGAGUUCGAAUCGAAAACUGCUUUGGUCUUCUAAAAGAAAAGUUUGGCAGUUUAAAAGAACUGAAAUUUAGAUUGCUGAAUGAAAAAAAUAAGAAGGAAUGCAAUAAUUGGAUUAUGAUGUAA